AUGUUUAUCACAAAUGAGAGUGUAGUAACAGAAUUCAUUCUCCUGGGCCUUACAGAUAGUCCCGAACUCCAGCCUCUCCUCUUUGUGCUGUUUCUGGGUGUGUACCUCACCACCCUCGUAGGCAACCUGGGCCUGAUAUUAUUGAUCAGGCUGGACUCUCACCUUCACACGCCCAUGUACUUCUUCCUCACUAAUUUGGCCUUUGUAGACUUGUGCUACACCUCAAAUGCCACCCCACAGAUGUUGAGUAAUUUCUUGUCAGAGAAGAAGACCAUCACCUUUGCUGGCUGCUUUACACAGUGUUACAUUUUCAUUGCACUUCUCCUCACUGAGUUUUACAUGCUGGCAGCAAUGGCCUAUGACCGCUAUGUGGCCAUAUGUAACCCUUUGCACUAUAGUAUGAAAAUGUCCAGGCGUGUUUGCAUCUGCUUGGCCACAUUUCCUUAUGUCUAUGGCUUCUCAGACGGGCUUUUGCAGGCCAUCCUAACCUUCCGCUUGAGCUUCUGUAGAUCCAAUGUCAUCAACCACUUCUACUGUGCUGACCCACCACUCAUUAAGCUUUCUUGCUCCGAUACUUAUGUCAAAGAGCAUAAAAUGGUCAGAGGAAAUUCCACCCUAGUGACUGAAUUUGUUCUCUUGGGAUUAACAGAUCAUCCAGAGCUUCAGCCCGUCCUCUUUGUGCUGUUUCUGGGUGUGUACCUCGCCACCCUCGUAGGCAACCUGGGCCUGAUAUUAUUGAUCAGGCUGGACUCUCACCUUCACACGCCCAUGUACUUCUUCCUCACUAAUUUGGCCUUUGUAGACUUGUGCUACACCUCAAAUGCCACCCCACAGAUGUUGAGUAAUUUCUUGUCAGAGAAGAAGACUAUCACCUUUGCUGGCUGCUUUACACAGUGUUACAUUUUCAUUGCACUUCUCCUCACUGAGCUUUACAUGUUGGCAGCAAUGGCCUAUGACCGCUAUGUGGCCAUAUGUAACCCUUUGCACUAUAGUAUGAAAAUGUCCAGGCGCGUUUGCAUCUGCUUGGCCACAUUUCCUUAUGUCUACGGCUUCUCAGAUGGGCUUUUGCAGGCCAUCCUAACCUUCCGCUUGAGCUUCUGUAGAUCCAAUGUCAUCAACCACUUCUACUGUGCUGACCCACCACUCAUUAAGCUUUCUUGCUCCGAUACUUAUGUCAAAGAGCAUGCCAUGCUCAUAUCAGCUGGCUUCAACCUCUCCAACUCCCUCAGCAUCAUCCUGGUGUCCUACACCUUCAUUAUUGCUGCCAUCCUCCGGAUCAAAUCAGCAGAGGGAAGGCACAAGGCAUUCUCCACCUGUGGUUCCCACAUGAUGGCUGUGACCCUGUUUUAUGGGACACUCUUCUGCAUGUAUGUAAGACCAUCAACAGAUAAGACUGUCGAGGAAUCCAAAAUCAUAGCUGUCUUCUACACCUUUGUAAGUCCGCUGCUUAAUCCACUGAUAUACAGUCUACGGAACAAAGAUGUAAAGCGAGCCUUGAAGAAUGUCCUCAGAAGAAAUAUGGUCACUAAGAUGGAACUGCCUCCAGUUUACAGUAAAUCAUAA